AUGAAUCAAACUAGUAACGGUAAUGAUGGCAAUGCCAAUGCCUCACAAUUGACUUUGAUUGGUUCUACAAUUGAUCCCGACCACAAGCAAUCGCCAUUUCAUAAUUAUCCCUUUAUGAAGAAUAUUGCAGCCUUCAACUCCAAUGGAUUAUCAAUCUUGAUUAACUUUGUCUUACAAUUAUAUGUCAAUCUUAUUAUCUUUGAAGUAAUCCUUGUGUUUAAAAUUAGAAGAUAUAUUGAUUCUUAUUAUAAAACGAUCAUUUAUUUUCAUUUAUAUUUACUUGAAUUAGGUAUGCUUGGUAAUUUAUUAAUUUUAAAUUGGCUCUACACUUCUACUGGAACUAAUCCAUCAAUUGAAGAUCCUGAACAUGUUGAAGAAUAUAAUAAUAGAGGUUGGUUAAAAGUUUCAUCCAUUCAUAAGGCUUAUUGGAAGAAUUUAGAAAUUGAAUUUAAGAGAAGAUAUAGUUCUAAGAAAAGUAAUACUUUUCUUGCUCCUUUAACUAUAUUUGUUGAUAUUAAUUAUCCAGAUUCUUAUAAUAAUGAUGGUGAAAAAGAUGAAUUUAGUGAAGUUUUAUGUGCUUCUGUUAGACCAAUCAUUGAAGAUAAGAUUUCAACUUUUGUUGAAGCUAUGGCGGUUGAUCCUCCUCCAAGUGUGAUUUAUGGUGGUCCACUGCAAAAUGUUUUUAAUGAAGAACAACCACCACCUAUUAUUCCAUCUCAAGAUGAAAGUCCAAAACGCCUUUUUUCAUUACAUCAUAGAAAACCAAAGAAAACAGGUAAUGAUGCAGCUUCUACAUUUACAGUUGAAUCUGAAGAGAUAAAAUCUAAUCCUGAUAAUAAUAGUGAUGAAGUUAAGUAUAAAAAAGUUUCUUCAUUCUUUUAUCCACCCAAAUAAUUAAAAGAAUAAAGAUUUAUUUGCUACAUGAUUUAAAAAAUGGUUUAUAAUAUAAACAAAAUAUGUUAUUAGAAUAG